UCCAAAGAAGUAAUUUUCUGAUAAAAAUCAUCAAAAGAAUGAAAUAAAACCGCAAUAAACAAUCGCAAAAAAUGACAAGAUAAUCAGUCUGUCACUCAAUUAAUUAGAAAUUGCAUUUUUCCCUGUCAAAAAGUGCAAAUAAUGUCCAAUGCGAUUAAAAAUUUACCUUGUUCGUGUCCUUUUAAUGCUUUUCCUGCUAAUUUUCUUCGCUGAAUUUCUUGUCUAUUACAUUGUGCUGUGGCAGUGCAAAUGGCCCUCAUCCACAGAUCCCAAUGCAACAACGGCUCCCGUUCGCGCAAUGCUCUUCGCUGAUCCGCAUCUUUUGGGUCCCUUUCGAGGUCAUUGGCUCGACAAAUUGCGUCGCGAAUGGCAAAUGCAUCGAAGUUUCCAAUCCGCUGUGACACUUUUCCAUCCCGACGUCAUUUUCCUGCUCGGCGACGUCUUUGACGAAGGCAAAUGGGUCAACGAUCCCCAAUUUCAACAUUAUCUCGACCGAUAUUUCCGAAUUUUUAGCACACAUGGAAGCACAAGUAGACUUUACAGCAUCGUCGGAAAUCAUGACAUUGGAUUUCAUUACGCGGCUCAUCCGUAUCUCACAGAACGCUUUUAUCGCGAAAUGAACACGUCGGGCGUGCAAUUAAUUUCCAUCAAUGACGUGCAUUUCGUGACAAUAAAUUCCGUCGCAAUGGAAGGCGAUGGAUGCAUGUUAUGCGAAAGGGCCGAAAGGGAACUCAUUAAAAUCUCAUAUCAGCUCGAAUGCGCACAAGGAAACGGAAAUUGUGACAAAAUCCCGAGAAUUAAGGGGAGUUAUAGUCGUCCUGUGAUUUUGCAGCAUUAUCCGUUUUACAGGCAGAGUGACGAGGAAUGUCAGCAAACGGAUAUUGAGAAGAUGGAAAAGUACAGGGAAGGAUGGGAAGUACUGUCGAAAGAUGCGACAAAAUUAAUAAACAAACUUUUGAAGCCUCGUGUGGGUUUUAGCGGGCAUUCGCAUCAUUAUUGCCAUUUGAGGAAUCGAUUGAUGAACAACAUGGAUGAAUAUACGUUGGCGAGUUUUAGUUGGCGGAACAAAAAUAACCCGAGUUUCUUGUUGACUGAAUUCACCAAAACAACUCAUUCCGUAUCAAAAUGUGACAUGCCGAAAGAAACCACAGUAAUUGCUAUUUACAUCAUUGGAGCACUUUUGUCGCUCAUCGUUCCAUGCAUCAAAAUAUCUAGUUUAAGCAAAAAAUUCAAAAAUGUUCUAAAUUUAAGCCACAAACGAAAUAAAUCAAAGUAUUAG